AUGUCAUCCUUCUCUCGGCUUGCUGGGUUGGUUAGACCGCAUGCAGCUCUAAGAAAGCCGCUCUCUACCAGCUUCUUCAGUACAACGAUCUCAAAACGACCACUACCUUCAAACUUCUUCAAGCAGCCAUCCUCAUCCUUGGUUUCCAAAUUAGGAAAGUCUCGUUCUUAUUCCGGUGGGUUUGGUCCCGAGCGACAAUACGCAGCGAACAUGGUUCUUCUGAAGGGUCUCAUGGGCGUCAACGUCGCUGUUUGGGGGUACGGCAUGUACGCCCGGGCACAGGCCAAGGAAGGCCAUCCAGGGAACUACUUCAAAUUCAUGCAGAACAUGACUAUGAACUUGACAGAGUUCAAGCGCGGGUACUACUGGCAAGCUGUCACAUCCAUGUUUACGCACCAAGACUUCUUCCACAUCGGAGCCAACCUCUUCACGUUCUGGUACCUAGGUCGAGGGCUUGCCGCGAUGCCAGUCACCCCCGGUCAGUUCAUGUUUAUCGUACUUGGCUCUGGGCUGUCAGGCUCACUUCUUUGGCUGGCGCAGCAGGAACAGAAGCUGCAGGCAGGUGAUCACAACAUUCGUCAACGAGGACUGGGCUUCUCUGGUGCGUUGCUUGGUGCCACUACUGUACUUGCCUGCUUCCAGCCACGCAACACGGUGCAUAUAUAUGGUAUAGUGCCUGUGCCUCUCGGUCUCGUAGUCCUUGGCUAUGCUUUCUACGACGGCUACUACUUGCACAGCGAGAAUUCUCGGGUCGCACACGCUGGGCAUCUCGGCGGACUAGCGUUCGGCCUGGCAUACUACUUCUUGAAGUUACGAAGAUUACGGUUCCCGGGUAGCCUCUGA